AUGCGACCCAUUUGGGAGUCGUCCAGUCGUCCGCUUUUUGUGCGUUCAGUUUGGCUCGAGACGGCAAAUGCCGCACGCAGCCAUCGGCGUCAUUUCAUACUCGACUAUCAGCCCCGAGAACGGCAACGCUGGACGCAGCGACAAAAGCUCGGCAGACGCAGAGGCACACAAUCCUACGAGCUGUGCGAGCAGGAAGCUGACUGCGAAGAUAGCUUUGACUAUUUGGAGGACUAUUUGCUUCUGGAUGCCACCAAGUUGACGUUGCAGCAGCAGCAACAACAACAACAGCAGCAAGAACAAGAACAACAGGCAGCUCAUUGUAAGCUGACGUCCGGAACAGUCAGUCGCUACUCGCGUCAUGCCAAGCGACGUGCUUGGCUGCUGAGUCGUGGCAAGAACUACAACUUGCCACACAGUCGUGGCCAGCUCGCGGACAGCCUGCUCGAGCCUUACUCCCGUCGCAGCUCGCUGCAGGAUCUACACUCCACACUGUCCAAUAAUACGUCCAUUAAUCCGGAGGAGCGUCUGGCGGAGCGUGUGCUCAAUUGGCUGGAUCUUGCCGGUCGCAAGGAUAUAGUCAAGUCCGAGUUGCCAAUGGUGGCCAGCAGCGCGCAACUGCCUCGCAGUGGGGCGCAGCGGAGCCAAAAGCAUGCCCAUGUGCGCCUUAAACUAGAAAGUGGUGAGCCCGGGCGACGAGGCGGUGGUGCUCCAAAACGUGCGCCUACAGCUCAUCCGCGUAGCCAGAGCACUCGCAAAUCAGCCAAGGCUGCAGCAACACAGCCACCACCUUUGCCGCCAGCCAAUGCCAAGCCCAUCACCAUUAUAUUCAACAAGGAGGGCGUGCCAGUGCGUCUCAAUCGGGCUGCCCGAAACAUCGAUCUGUGCGCUCUCAGCCACAGUGCCAGCACCACGAGACGUCUAGCCGGACAACUGGCCUCGGCUAGGCUCUACAAUGGUGCCACACCCUCGCCCAGAGCGCACCAACAACAACAGCCACACUUGGAGAGCAGCCGCACUCCUCCGCAUAGUGGGCGUGGCUUGGCAUCAGCUGUGGACAGCAAAAAGCAGCUGCACAUAUUUAUGCCCAGUUUGCCAAAAAAAGGACUUCUGUCCGCCGUUGGCAGCAGCGAAGAUGGCCAGCAAAGCUCACUCAGCGUUACUUUUAGCGAGCUGUGCCAGAUCUAA